AUGCCGAAAAAUAAGCCUGCUGCUGGAAUAAAACCGUGGACCCCUUGGAGACCACGGGCACUAGUGAUAAUUGUUGGUAUUGGUGCUGGUCUGACUCUCAUAGGUUUAGCAUUAGGUUUAGGUUUGGGUAUUGGAUUGCAUAAUGAUAGUGGAAAUUUUGUUUUGACUCUAUCUACAGUAACUACAACAACAACAACAACAUCUACAACAUCUACAACAACUACAACAACUACAACAACGAGUGUAGCAAAUACAACAACAACAACAACCACAACAACGACCACCACCACUACCACCACCACUACCACCACCACCACCACCACCACAACAACAACAACAACAACAAAAACAACAACAACAACUACAGUUGUAGCUGGAAGAAAAUAA